UAAACAAUCUCUUUCCCGCGCACGAUUCCACUUCAACCUGCUUUUCUCGUAUCGUCGAUUCUUCAGCACUUUUACAGCUCAUUUCUGUCAUCAAAUUCUCCCAUCAUUCCGCACAAACGUCGCAGCCAUGGCGCAAAACCCUGCUCCCAAUCCCAAUCGCUUUUGUCUUCAGAGACCCAGACAGGAGGAUGAUGUCAGAAAUUGCCACCGCCACUACCGGUACUUAGAUGGCGUACGCCCAGGUUUCGUUCUGGAGAUUGAGAGGACAAAGGAAGAGUGGGCAAUCGGAGAGAUGGUGAGUUUCAUACCAAGUGUACCACGGAACCAAAAUGAGACAUAUGGGGAGUACCGGAACUACAACUACACCAUGAAGCUCGAGCCGGAUCAAACCCGAAUCAAAGUAUUCAGAGAAUCAAAGGGAACUGGACCAUCAUCAACAGAAGUAGCCUACGUAUAUCUGGAUGAAUCACAAGGCUUCCGUGGGUGGUUCAAUGUCGGCGAUCAUAACGCAGAUCAUUCUGCUCAACAUCCACACCAACCGGAUCCGAAGAUUGUUCUGAGCACAGAGCCGGCCCGAUGCGAGACCUGUGGCUUUUACUCCUCUUGGAGGUGGCGAGAUACCGACUUGAGGGUUGGUCCAUACUUUGGGAGGGAUUAUUGUCAGAAUAGCUGUUGUCGGUUGCGAAGAGUACCUGCAGACGACAGCGAGGAUGAAGAAUAGAUUCUGUUGGAUGACGAUUUUGUGUGACACAACUUGUAGAAGUGAAGAUACCUUACCUUAUGGUACACUCUUUAGUAGCUCAGGAAUUAAGCAGAAGGAAAGACAAUAUUCGCGAG